CCCACGGUGAAAUGAGUCACGUGGGUCUUGGGUACCCCGUCCAGAAAGUUGAGCAAUAACAAGGAGCUGUUAGAUCAUCUUUCAAUUAUUUACAAGUAUUUUAUAGCUUAGUUAUGUCCUCACCGAAGGAAACAAAGCGCGCUACGUGCUUGUCUCCACUGCGCUCCCCUAAAUGUUGUCGCUGUCGAAAUCAUGGAAUCAUAACCGUCCUCAAGGGACACAAGCGAUUCUGCCAAUGGAAGAACUGCACGUGCGAAAACUGCCUUCUGCUGAUGAAGCGCCAGCAGAAUUCAAAGGAACAGAUCGCCCUGAGGCGCCUCUGGAGACAGGAGGAGGAUAUGGGUCUGGUGGCGCCAAUACCCAAUAAUACAGAUUCCCUACAGAUGCUCAUACACCGUUAUCCUCACUAUGACGUGGAGAAGAUGGGCACCGUACUUAAGUCGUGUGAAGGCGACACACAGAAGACCAUAGGAAAGAUAGACGCCGCCAUGAAUAAAGCCCUGGACACCAUCACGCAUACCAAGUUAGACCUGACACCGACAUGCACAGGGGAUUUACGUGUCUCAACGGGAAAUGUCGGUAUGGGGUUCAUUGGGUUCCAGGGGUAUAAUCAUGGAUUCAGCGCCCCGCUACCCCCACCACACACGAACGUCAGUCCACUCUCUCCCCGGGCCAGCAUGCCGAUGUAUACGUACCCGAGGACUCCAUUCAUGUACCCAUAUAAUCCAGCCCCGCGCUUCUUUCAAACCGGCCAACAGGAUAUAACAUAUAAUGGGGAUUUCCAUAAUACCCUUCCGGUGCCUCGGUCUGGACAGUCUGCAGAGGACUUCCCGACAUCCCGGAAUGCCUUUUAUUCGGAAGGUCAAAGUUCCAUGGAAUCGUUAAUUGGGUAUCCCAAGGUAUCGGAAGUGAACGUUUUCCAGCCACGCCCCUCCACUACAGAAUCCGAGGCGGAAGGAACUCUGGUUAUAGACAUGAAGGACGAGGAGAGCGCUUGCGCAGAGGGACUUCUCACAAACUAUUCUUCUCAAUGACGUCAUCAUCACUUGUGAUGAAGGUUACUUGAGGAAUGACAGUUAAAAAGAAUUUUAUUAACUGGAAAAUAUGAUAGAUUUUUUUAAAGAAACAUGAAAUGUUUACUUUGUUUAAAUGUGAGAAAAUGUAUAUUUGGAUGUCCUCGUAGACAGAUUUUCUUUGUAGUAUACCCAUUGAGGUUUUGGAUAUACUGUGGAAUAAACCAUUCUGAAGCCAUGUAAAGUUGGGGUGUUCCAUAGGGUUUUAGCAAAUGCUAGUGUAGCUGAUGAAGUUUAAAGUGCAACUGCUUGGAAACAUCCUAACAUGGACAUUUUAUCAUGUAACUAGUCAGGUUACCGCCAUGUUGCACUGCAUGUGUUCUGACCAAUCUAAUACACGAAACGAGACUAGCCAAUAUGAUUCAGUAUACAUGACCUGACCAGUCUGAUACACAGGGACCUGAGCAUUUGUUACAACUACAUUUGGACCUAAACUAAGGUGUUUGAAACUAAGGAGUGACUUUGCAAGUUUUAGGAAGUUAGAUCGACUUUCGGUAAAAAUGACACCCCAACUAAAAUCACUCUGAACACCUGUGUUUAGGUCCAAAUAUAGCUGGAACAAAUUCUCAAGUCCCUGUGGUCUGAUACGGUUCAUGUGAACUGACCGAUCUGAUACGCUGCACGUAAACUGAACAGUAUAACACACAUACCCAUGAACUGACCGAUCUGAUACGCUGCACGUAAGCUGAACAGUAUAACACACAUACCCAUGAACUGACCGAUCUGAUACGCUGCACGUAAGCUGAACAGUAUAACACGCAUACACAUGAACUGACCAAUCUAAUACGCUGAAUGGAAACUGAAAGUGAAAUGACCAAUCAUUCUUUUUUGAAGAAUGACAGUUCAAAAGGGUCUGCGGUGGUUAAGGCGUCUGACAUUCUGUUACCACUAGCCCUCCACCACUGGGUCGCGUGUUCGAGACCUAUGGGAUCAGUCGCCAGGUACUGGUAGUACAAUAUUGUCGGGCCUGUAAUUGUGAGUCAGCAAAAAUAUUCCUAUAUUUUAUAAUGUUAAUAAUUGCUAAGUGCCCUAUACGUCACCCGUCGCUUAUUCGCUAACCUUCGGUUAUUAGCACAUGGU